AUGUCUGUGUACAAUCAAAGAACCCAUCAAACUCGUCUUAACGAGUUGUUGGAUGCUAUCAAGACAGAGUUUGACUAUGCAUUAAAUGAAGCAACUAGUUUCAAGAAAAUCGAAGAUGAGUACCAUUUGAAAUACUCUCAACAAAACACUGAAUUGCAACAGAUUAGACAAACUGUUUAUGAGUUGGAAAUGGCUCAUAGAAAAAUUAAGGAAGCUUACGAAGAAGAGAUUUUGAGAUUGAAAACUGAAUUGGAAAAUAGGGAUAGACAGAUGAAGAAUGGAUAUCAGCAACAGCAACAACAGCAACAACAACAACAAGCACCUCCUCCACAACAGGUGCCUCCGCCACAACCCCAGCCUGUACAACAACCACCUCAGCCACAACCAGUUCAACAACAGCAACAACAACCACUUCAACAACAACCACUUCAACAACAACCACCUGCACCUGUUCCACCACAACAACAGCCACCACCAGUGCAACAGGUUCCACCACCAGUUUCAUCACAACAAGCAAUUCCAACCCAGGCUUCCCCUGCAGCACCUGCAGCAACAGCACCUGCUUCUACUAGUAAUGCAUUGACAAUCAUUGACAAGUCUCAAUACAUUGUUAAUCCAGCUCAAAAAGCAGCUCAUGUUAAAGAAAUACCUCCAUUUUUGCAAGAUUUGGAUGUAGCUAAAGCUAAUCCUGAUUUCAAGAAGCAAAAUCUUGACUAUUACGUCUUGUAUAAUCCUGCAUUUGCUCGUGAUUUGGAUGUUGAUUUAAUCCAUUCAUUGGACCAUUCAUCAGUUGUAUGUUGCGUUCGUUUUUCCAAAGAUGGUAAAUUCAUUGCCACUGGGUGUAAUAAGACAACACAAGUUUUCAAUGUUGAGACUGGCGAAUUAGUGGCUAAAUUGAUUGAUGAUUCAUCCAAUUCGGAAACUAAAGAAGAAGAUACUCCAUCAUCUAACGGUGAUUUAUACAUUAGAUCGGUGUGUUUUUCACCUGAUGGUAAAUUGUUGGCUACUGGUGCUGAAGAUCGUUUGAUUAGAAUUUGGGAUUUAACUACAAAGAGAAUUAUUAAAGUAUUGAGGGGUCAUGAACAGGACAUCUACUCGUUGGAUUUCUUCCCUGACGGAGAUAGAUUAGUUUCUGGAUCCGGUGAUAGAUCAGUUAGAAUCUGGAGUUUGAGAUCUGGUCAAUGCUCAUUGACUUUGAGUAUUGAAGAUGGUGUCACUACUGUUGCUGUUUCACCAGAUGGUAAAUUAAUUGCUGCUGGAUCUUUAGAUCGCACAGUCCGUGUUUGGGAUUCGACAACUGGAUUCCUUGUUGAGAGAUUGGAUUCAGGUAAUGAUAAUGGAAACGGACAUGAAGAUUCAGUUUAUUCAGUAGCUUUCUCAAACACUGGUAAUCAAAUUGCUUCAGGGUCAUUGGAUAGAACUGUUAAGUUAUGGAAUUUGGAUGGCAAACUGGAUAAAAAUUCAAGUUGUGAAGCCACUUAUAUUGGCCACAAGGAUUUCGUCUUGUCAGUUUGUUGCACGCCAAAUAAUGAAUAUAUACUUUCCGGUUCCAAAGAUCGUGGUGUUAUAUUUUGGGAUCAAGCCUCGGCUAAUCCAUUGUUGAUGUUGCAGGGACAUAGAAAUUCAGUGAUUUCAGUUGCUGUCUCAUCGAAUUUACUGGCCACUGAAGGUAUUUUUGCUACUGGAUCGGGUGAUUGUAAAGCCAGAAUUUGGAAGUGGACAAGAAAGGUUUAA